CCCCCAAAGUUAGAAAGUUCUUUUUAGGUCUGGAGUCCCAGCCCCAUUGACUCCUCAUUGGUCUAGACGUACAAGGAAGCUGCGUUAAGUGACUUUACUCAGCGCUCAUCAGCCUCAGUUGCCACCAGUUCACACUGACACCAUGGCUAGUGCCAGGCACCGGAAUAAAAACGCCGCUCCAGAGAGCAACUCCCAGGCUGCAGCUGGCAAUGACGUGGCAAAGAAGACCCCCAAAGCCAACAAGGGCUCCUCGUCCUCGUCCUCCUCCUCAUCGAGGAGACCUGGGGUCUUCAGCAAGCUCCUGAGCUGCCUCUUCUAUGCGGUUGUGGUCGCAGUGGCUGCUUGCACCGGCUGGCUGGUGUAUAGCCUCCUGGAAGAAGUCUCAGUGAUGAGCAGCAAACUGGGCCACUUAUCAGACCAGAAGGGAGAACUGGCAGAGACGGUGUACACCCUCCAGAAGCAGGUCGAUUUACUUGAAAAAGCAGUUGGAAGAGUAGAAUUUAUCUCUAAAGACAUUCAAGAAAAGCAGCAAAGACAUGACACUUCUAUCAAGAAUUGUGAAAAGGAACUGGAUGUUGUUGGUGUCAUCCUUAAGAAGCUGCAGAAAGAUCUAUCGACUGUUAUCCAAGAUGUAAAAGAUCAAGGUGAUCGGGAUCUUGACCUCUUUGACCAAACCAUGCGGGAAAAAUUUACAGAAUUAAAUAACUCCAUUAAUGAAGAUCUCGCUGAACUUGCUGAGGUACAGAAGUCAAGCCAGGAAGAGCUUAACAAUGUGAAGGCCAAAAUUGCUUCGUUAGGAGACUUAAACGCCAUCAGUGACGAUUUGAAGUCCUUGAAAGAGCUCACCUCUGAAUUAAAAUCCUCAUUUAAAUCUAAGGAAGAGUCUAUUGACUGGUUAAUGAACAAUGCCUUAAAUAUGGAUUCUGUUACUGCCAACAGUAAUCAAAUUGAGAUUCUCAAAAAUGAACAGGAUAACUUAAAGAGAGAUGUAGAAGAACAAAAGGUGGCAGUGAAGAACAUGAGAGAAAAUAUUCUGACAACUGAAGAUUCCAGCCUGAAAGGAGAACUUGACAGAGUCCUCAAGGAAUUUGAACAAAUUGCCUCUUCUGUCAAAGAGAUGGAAGGUAAUUAUAUAUCCGCUAACAAUGAUUUACUUAAAGAAAUUGAGACAAACAGAGAUAGUAUGGAGUUGAGAUUAAAGCCUCUGGAAAGUAUAAUGAACAGUGAUGCAUCUGCUCUCGGAUCUUUAAAGGACAGUUUUGAGGAAUACAAUAGAAGAAUUAAUGCUGUAGAAGAAGCCAUCACUGGAUUGAAGCACCUGUCUUCCGAUGGUCAGGGAAGCCCUGAAGUAUCUGAAACACUGUCGACACUGAAAGAAGCUCAACAAGCAUUAUCCCAAAAAGUAGAUGAGCUGAGAUCUUCAAUGACAGCCCUACCAAACUCUGCUUCUGACUUUGAAAAAUUGCAAGUGGAGGUGACUAGCGUCUUAGAAGGUCACAAGCUGCAGGUUGAUGAGUUAAAAGAUGACUAUGAGAAACUAAAGAGUAGUGUUGGUUCUUCCGAGCAGGCGUCUGGCAUUGAUGGUUUGAGUUCCUCAAUUAAAAAACUGGAGUCUGAUUUACAGAUGAUGAGGGGGGCUGUGGACAGUUUGGUAGCCUAUUCUGUGAAAACUGAAAUCCAUGAAAAUGAUUUGAGGUCUGUGAAGGAGACCCUUGAAGACCUUAAAGAAAGUACUGAUAAACUGUUAGUUAAAUAUGAACAAAUCCAAGAGAGUGUAUAACUGAGCCAAAUCUGAGCAGACCAAUGUAGGGAAGUUAGUUCUAAAUAUUUUCUCAUUAAAGUGUUUUUGUUUUGUUUU